AUGACAACCAACGUGGACUAUUCCUAUCGAUAUCCGGUCGAUCGUGCACCUAGUUUUCCCAUACUUCCAAAGGAACAAUUCAAAUUGGCCAACCAGACAAGCAUCACGGGGGUGACCGGCCAGUUUGAGACUGUUUCCACAGACCUUGAUUUUGACAGUCAAAUAUUAGGUCCUGAUAUUUAUCGAGAAAAUGGAGAACGUUUAAAGCAGCACACCCCACUGGAACGCAAUCUAUGCCCACUUUAUCCGGGUCAACAUCAAAGUUCUUGUGUACAAGUCAAACGUCCGAUGGAGCACUACAAACAGUCCGAUUUUCAUCGUUACCGUCGUCUGAAGGAUUAUCAACCGAACAAGAUCCCCCGGAUUCAGGAUAUUCUGGCAUAUAGAUACUGUCCGACGUGUUGUGCUCUUCACGUGGGCGGUUGUAUUGGCUGUCGUCGGAAUGAGCGUUACGCUAUGCAUUACACGACGAGUCGAAUGCCCUGGUAUCAUCCCCAACCAAGUGUACCCUUUGGACGAGGCUACUACAGUUAUCUGCACGAGAAGUUGGAUAAUCAUCGAACUGGAAAUUUCCGGCUCUCAAAGUAUCCUUGA